GUUGUCCUCUGGCACUCAGUGACCUGUGGGGAGCUAAUUAAGUAUUUUAGGAAAAAGUGUGAGUGGCCAGCAGCAAGAGUUGGUGGCCGCAUUCUGAGGCCACCAAAAAUUUUGUCCUGAGAACCCCUGUGCUAGACCAGGCUGCCUCUAAUGCAGUGCCCCCGGAUCAGGUUAGCCCUUUUGCCACAGCAGCUGGGAGCUCAUUUGUGGCUUUCGGGUUCCCUCUGUUCCGUGGCCUUGUGAGGGUUAAUUCCCACAUGCAAAAAUAACUGGGCUGGUUAGAGUGAAGGUUGCCAGAGGACCCAGCAUAGAAUCAUCGAACUGGAAAGGACUUUGUGAGGUCACCUAGUCCAGCCCCCUGCACUCAAGGCAGGAAUUAGUAUUUUCUAGCCCAUUGUGUUUGUCCAACGUGCUCUUGAAAAUCUCCAGUGCCGGAGACUGCACAACCUAGGAGCCCCUAGCCAAUUUGUUCCAGUGCUUAGCAGCAUCCCAGCAGGGCUAGUCGAGACAAGCGAGAUCAUACAGAGUUAAUCAUCAACUCUGUCCCUUCAUCAUUCCCCCUUCUCCUCCUGCCUUUACCGCUCUGCUCAUCAUCCUGAACAGCCAAUGGGAGAAGGAGUGGGAGGGCUCAGGAGAUAAAAGGCAGGGGCUGAAAUGGUGCAGUGCCAGCAAUCUCUGGGGGUCCUACAGAUGAACCCUGCAUAGAGCAGGCCCAAUUCAUUUAACUCGCUGCAGCUGCUUGGAAUCAUGGGGGCUGAAGGCGGUUUGAUCUUGGCGGAAGGGAUUGCGAUUUAUUACUUGCCAACCACCAGUAUGCUCGGAGCUAUACGGAUUAAUUAAACCCCAUAUCCCUUUGCCCUGAAGAGCUUACAGUGGAAAUCAAUGAUGAAUGGAUGAGAUGUGUAAACGGGUGUCCUGUGCUCAUCUGGCUAUCGAUGCUCGGUAUCCCAGCCCAGGAAUACAAACUAUAGAUCUGAAUUGAGCCGCGUGUGUGUGAAGGAACACAGAUGUCAGUCUGCCAUUCGCUUCAAACCUGCUGUUCCAGCCCUGCCUCUCUGGGGUAGCAGCCAGGUUGAAGGUGGAGACACAGCAGUCUCACUGCUGAUUGUCCAGAAAAUGGCAGAAGAGAGCGCCGAAGCGACAAGCGAUACCAGUAGAGGGGUUAAUGACUCAAUGCUGCCGGGUCACGGACAAGAGGAAGGAAGGAGAAGAGAUGUGGAUUUCAGCCUAAAAUUCAUUAAAGAUAAACGGAUCCCAAUUACCAUUACUGUCGUCAUCACAGUGUUGAUCAUCACCGUAAUUGCACUGGCAGCAAAGAAGACACCCCCCUGCCCAGGCAGCCCGUCCCACAUCACUGCUGCGUGCCCAGAUGGCUGGGUUGGAUUCCAAGGGAAAUGCUACUACUUCUCAGAGACUGAAGGGAACUGGAGCACCAGCCAGAGCAACUGCUCUUCCCUCAACUCCACCCUGGCUUCCAUUGACUCCCUGACAGAGCUGGAUUUCAUGCUGCGCUAUAGAGGGAUCCCUUACCGCUGGAUUGGCCUCCGGAGGGAACAAGGCGAGGGCCAGCCCUGGAAGUGGACCAACGGUACCAUAUUCAACAACCUAUUUCAGGUCAGAGGCGAAGGGCAGUGCGCCUACCUGAAUGAACAUGGGAUCAGCAGCUCCAGGUGCUACUCAGACAGACAUUUCAUCUGCAGCUGGCCGGACCAGUGCUCUAGAAGGAAGCCAAGCGCCGCAGGAGGGGACACAAUGUCUAAGAUCACGUAAAGGGCCAAUGCAGCCUCUUCAGUGGAUGCAGAACUUACACAUUCAUCAUCUCUUGCAGAGCAUCCUACCUCUCCAACCAUUGCUCCCUCCAGAUCCCUGCUGAAAAACCAUCUUUACAAUGCUCACAACACUAACUCUACUACACAGUAACACCAUUGCCAUGGUACUAAUGAACAGGGGGUUUAGAGGUUUAAAUCUAAUAUUCUGUUAAUACGUGAAGUGAAUAAGUUAUUUAGAUUAUGAAGAAUCCCUGCUUUUAUUUAAAGAAGAGUAUGUGUCUAGCUCGCUUGGUUAUGAAUAUACCCUGGCAAAUCAAACAGAGCCUGAGUCAGCCGAGAGCUUGAAACAAUAACUCAGAAAAGUGCCCCAUUUAAUGUAUUGACACGUUGACUCUGGAACCUAGUGUCGACACUGACUUCUUUCUUUUUCCUCUAUGCUGCUUUUCCUGGUGAGGGUCGCGGCAGCAGCAUGGACAGUAGGGAGAACCAGACCUCCCUUUCCUCCACAACAGGUUCCAGCUCCUCCUGGAGGAUUCCCAGGCCAGCCGGGAAAUAUAAUCCCUCCAGCGUGUUCUGGGUUGGCCUUGGGGCCUCCUCCCAGUGGUACAUGUUCAGCAGAGUUCCAAAGGAAGCCUACCAGGGGGUAACCUUAUCCUGUCUCAGAGAGUAAGCCCAGCAACCCUGCGGAGAAACCUCAUUUCCGCCGCUUGUACCUGUGAUCUCAUCCUUUCAGUCAUUACCCAAAGUUCAUGGCCAUAGGUGAGGAUGGGGACAUAGAUUAAACUGUAAACCGAGAACUUCGUCUGAGAACUCAGCUCCAACUUCCCUACCACAGAUCGGCACAGUGGCCUCAUCACUGCCACCACCUCCCCAAUCCGCCGGUAGAUCUCCCGCUCCCAUUUACCAUCACCAAGCGGUGAUUGGCUGAUAGCUCUGCCCGUUUCUGCACCCAGAUGUCCAGAACAUACAGACUCCCUCCGAGGAUCGUUACCUUGUCAUGGUGGAGGGGCUUGCAUGUUCCAAUGAACCCCAGGGCUAUGUCGUCUGGAGCCCAGUGCUCCUGGGAGGAUGACCCUAGACGAACAGGUCUGGGGGGAGGUUCCAGACUAAAAAUGAUCCCGCGCAAGAUGCUCAUGAAAGCCCAACAAAUGAGCACGCGAAUCUUGCCUGGAUUAGGAAUAUCGGACCCACCCCUGAAGCCAGGCCUGGGGCUGGUGUUAGUGAGUGUCUGAUGGCCAGGCAACCCAUGUAACCCGGCCGGGCCUAGCCCGAAAAGGGGACGGGGGCUCAGCACCCGCGAGGCAAAGGGUGAGGGUUGGGUGCGAUGCCCGAAUGGCAGCAGGAGAGAUGGACCACGCUGGGCUGGCCUCCGCGAUGGAGACUGGCCUGACACUAACAUGCAGGCAGAGGCAGCUAUUCUUUGAGCUAAAGAACCAGACUUGUGAACAGCAGCUACUGCAGGGGGACAGAGACCCUGAGUGUGGGAUAUAGACCGUUACAGUUGGGAAAAGGCCGAAGAGACUGAACCAAAGUCGGGGUAAGAAGUAGCCAGUGGAUCUUGGAAACAUCAUUUGAAGCUGGGACUGGACGACAGGGGAUGGAUCACUUGAUAAUUGCCCUGUUCUGGUCAUUGCCUCUGAAGCAAUUGCCACCAGCGACUGUGGGAAGACAGGAUACUGGGCUAGAUGGAGCAUUGGCCUGACCCCGUAUGGCUGCUCUGAUGAACUUUAUUUUUGUGCGUGUGUUUUUGAGUAGAUCUCAUCAGAAUUUGACAAGAAACAUUUUUUAACAGUGUUUUCUCCAGGAUUUUUUGCCAUCCUUUAUUUAUUUAUUUUUAUUCUGACUGAAACUGUGAAUGGGAGAGACUUAGUAUCUCUCAUCAUGUGCAUUUAAUUCAUUGCUCUGAGCUAAGAUUGUUUGGGUCGGGAGAGCUCCUGGAAGGGUUUAGUCACUUCCCCUGGGCUGUGUAAAUACCAGAGUAACCCAUAAUGACUCCCAGUCAGGAACCAAAUUAGUGGCCAGGUUUUCAAUAGAUUCAUGUAGGUUAAGGCUAGAAGGGACCAUUAAAUGAUCUAGUCUGGCCUCCUGCCUAGCACAGGCCAGAGAACUUCCCCCACUUACCCCUGUAUUGAGCCCAAUAACUUGUGUUUGGCUAAAGUCUAUCUUCCAGAAAGGCACCAGUCCGGCGUCCGGCACACCAACGCCAUAUACAAUGAGCUGAGCUGUUCUGAAACUCUGCCCUAAGGGUCACAAGAGGAGCUGUCAUGGUGGUUGAGGGAAAUCUGAGGGUCCUUAACUUGGAGCAGAAACUAAAGCAAAAAA